AUGGCACCACAUCGCCAUAGCAAACGAGAAACGCUAAAGCACAAGUACAAAGUGCAGCGGAAAGUGGCGGAGCACAAUCGACGAAUGCGGCGCCUGGCUCGCAAGCAACGACAAGAAGGUAUCAUUAAAGGGCAGCGCAAGGCCCAGCGCGAGCUCGGUGUACCGAACCUCUACCCCUACAAGAAGCAGUUGCUGGAGCAGGCAGCGCGACGACUGGCCCUGCGAUCGACGGUGACGGCAGAAGCGGGCUCCUUGGGCGAGUCGCCCGUGUCCGCUCCUGCGUUAUCCGGUGCGAAUGCACUCGGGAAGACUCCGGUGUUCCGCGAAGUUGCGCGCUCGAGGCGAUCUUUUGCUGCAGCGCUUCGUCGUGUCGUGGAGUUAUCGGAUGUCGUUGUCGAGGUGCUCGACGCCCGGAACCCGCUGGAGAGCCGAUCUUCAGCGCUCGAGCUGCUGGUACGUCACGAGGGUGCGCGAGCUGCUGGCGGGAAACGGCUGAUAUUGGUGCUCAGCAAAGCGGACCUGGUUCCACGUGAAGCUCUCCAGGCCUGGCUGUGUCGACUUCGGGCCGAGUACCCGACAUUGGCGAUGCAUGAAGGCCUCGAUCAGACUGGUCAGCACCGGGGCCCGCGGCAGCCAGGUAGCGCAGUACAACCAAAACAGCUCUCGCAGCUGGUGCAGCUGCUCAAGCUCUAUGCGAAACGGCGUGCGGACAAGCAAUCAUCCAGCAGCACCAUCACUGUAGGCAUCGUCGGCAAACCGAAUGUGGGCAAGUCAAGUCUACUGAACGCCCUCUGCCGUGAACAAGGUGCUGUGGCGACUGGCGCCCGUCCGGGUAUCACCAAAACACUGCAGGAGGUUCGGCUUGAUAGCAACAUCCGGUUGCUGGACUCGCCUGGUGUUGUGCUGGACGAUGUGCAGGAAAUCGAUCCAGCACCCGUGGUGGAGGUGGAGCAGACGAAAGCCGCGGGCUCACCCGAGCCAGUUGCCAAUGCGACAUCUGGCUCUCGAGACGAAAGUCGAAUGGCGCUCGCUGGAUUUCUCGCUGUUGAGGAGCUCAGCGAUCCAGUGGCUGCGGCUCGCCUGGUACUCGAACGAUGUCAGUAUAACGCGGAUGGAGCGCUCUCUCUACUCUACGAAAUGCCUGCAUUUUCGAUGUGCGAUAUGGUUGCUGCAAACGAAGCUACUCGAGAGGAAUCUUUUGCCACGCAGUUCUUGGCACUGUUUGCAAAAAGGCGUGGGUUGUUACGCAAAGCGGGAGUUCUUGAUCUCGAAGCAGCAGCUCGAGUCCUGGUGCAAGAUUGGGCAACUGGCAGAAUCCCAUACUAUACGUUGCCGAAGCACGUUGGACUGCCUUCGUCGCAGCAGCUUGGAGCCCAGAUCGUUUCAAACUGGGAUAACGCUUUUGAUCUUGAUGUCUGCGAGCCUUCACCGAGCGCAGAAGAAGUUGUGAUGGAUGAGAAUCCUGCUACCGACGCUGCCCCGCUAUCGGUCGCUGAUGUAGACGAUGAAGUGGUGUUCCAUGUCUGGAAGCAUAAAACUCGGAGAGAAAGGCAAACAUUUGCUUUGCCGCUUUCUCCUGGUGCUGCGGUUGAGAACGUCGCAGCUGAUGCGGAUCUCGAAGACUUUGAAUUUUCCACGACAUCGUGA